AUGCAUUCACCACUGGCAACAAUUAAACACAACUGGAGGGCUUUCAGUCCGCAUGAGAAGCGAAACAUCGUAAUUUACAUUAUCGGUAUCAUGCUGUGCAAGUUUGGUCUGGAAGCAUUUACCGGCUCCAUCAUUGCCCUGGCUACCAAUCGGUACGAUUACGAUGCUGCCAGGCAAAAUACCACGCCAAUCACCUUUGAACGCAUCGGUCUUCUUACGGGUCUGAAUCAAUCUUUCCAGUGCGUUGGAUCGAUUAUUAUCGCUCCCUUGGUGCGGCGGUUCCCUACCAAGAACGUCUUGGCGGCUGCCAUCUUCAUUUUCGGACUCUUUUCCGCCAUAAUACUCAUCGUGGAUGGGAGUACUGGUGGACGCAUCAAACCAUCAAACUGGUCACAGACUCAUGACGAGGAGGACUUCGCUUAUUACGGAGACUACAAUACCGACGGCAUGAUUCCCAUCUAUUGUUUUACAGGCAUAGGUUACGGAAUGGUGGAGCUUAUUCGAAGGAUCACCCCCAGGGACAUUGUGGGUGGCGACGUGGAGAAACUACGGUGCAUGGAUGCAAAAAUAUCAGAGGCUGGGUUCCGCGGUUGGAGGCUAGCCUAG